AUGUGGGAGCAGCCAGAGGACAUCAACGACAUCAACCUCGGUAAGGAGCGUCUGCUGCCAUCGUUCUUCCUGAUGGUCUCGGGUACCAUGCUUUGGCCAUGCUUCGGCCAUGCUUACGUCAUGAAGUUCCUUGCCGGUCUAUCCAAGGGCCCAGUUGUCUCUUGUGCCCUCUUGCUCGGUCUCCUCGCUCAAGAUGUGGUGGCAGCACCCCAGCCCAAGUCAGACUGGGUCCAGAAUGCCAAGAGCAGGAAGAAGAUGACUGAUAUCCUCAACGGGAAAAUCCGCCGCGAUCUAAACACUACUCUGUGUAGCGAGUCGGCCGCCAGGACUGUCUCUGCUCCUAAGCAGAACGUCUGGGGCGGGUUGACAGACGAGGAAGCUGCUUCUGUCGUGUCGUGGCUCUUUGCCCAGCCGGACCUCAACCUCACCGUCUCCGAGAACGCCACGGAGUGGGACAAUACGAUUAUUCUCGUUGAGAAGCUCGCACCUAACAAGACCGAUGCCUUGAAAUACAUUGAUGGCUGUGCGGCACCGCCGGCCAAGUAUGCCCAUGUGCUCCUGGAUCACCGGUCCAGUGUGGAUGCCUACUAUCAGGACAUCAAGGUCGGCCCGCUGCCUCUGGACAAUGCCACUGCCAGCUGGGAGCCCUUGGACUACUACCUGACCAAGAAGAACGAAGGCAAGGUCCGGAACUUGGAAGCAGACCAUGACAGAAUGGUGAGCGAGUGGAUCUAUCCCAUCAGCGCCUCCGUUGCCGACAUCACCCUCGACCUAUGGAAUGCCACCGCCAUGGGCCUCGACAACGACACGCUCAGCAUCUGGGGCAUCGACCCUCUGUGGCAAGAUGACGGGCGCAUUAUCCGCUGGGACACCUUCUGGAAUAAGCCCACAGACGGCUUUGACGUGGGCACGCUGCUCCCCCUGGGCCUGUUCUUCAUGUCGGAUGUCACCGGUCGGGACCCCAGCCAGUGGUCGCUCGAAGGGUGGCUGUACAACGGCAUCUUCUACAAGACCACCGAGGAGUUCCGCAAGGCUUACUGGAGCCCCGGCUUCGAGAAGCUCGGCGCCAACGUCGAGGGCGACUGGACGCGUACCGACCAGCAGGGCCCCGUGCUGCCCAUGGACGCCUCCUACCCGCCCACCCAGGUCGCGCCGUCGGCCUCGCGCUUCUCGGUGGACUCGGAGCAGCAGUACGUCGAGUGGAUGGACUUCAGCUUCUACAUCGGCUUCAACCGCGACACCGGCGUCUCCCUACACGACAUCCGGUACAAGGGCGAGCGGCUCCUCUACGAGCUCGGCCUGCAGGAGGCGCUGGCGCACUACGCGGGCUUCGACCCCGUGCAGAGCGGCACGUCGUACCUCGACACCUACUACGGCUUCGGGCCGUACGCCUUUGAGCUGGUGCCCGGGUACGACUGCCCCGCGUACGCGACCUACCUCAACUCGUCGUUCUACGUGUCGGAGACGACACACAACCACCUCAACAGCAUCUGCCUGUUCGAGUACGACGCCGACUACCCGAUGCAGCGGCACAGCACGAGCAAGUACGUCUCGGUGACCAAGAACACGUACUUUACGCUGCGGUCCGUGUCGACGGUGGGCAACUACGACUACAUGUUCAGCUACACCUUCUCCAUGGACGGCUCGGUGGCGGUCGAGGUGCGCGCGUCGGGCUACAUCCAGUCGGCCUACUUCGCCAAGAACCAGGACUACGGUUUCCAGAUCCACGACGCGCUGAGCGGCAGCAUGCACGACCACGUGCUCAACUUCAAGGCCGACUUUGACAUCCUGGGCACGGCCAACACGGUGCAGCUCAUGAAGAACGUGCCGGCGCAAAAGGUCUACCCGUGGUCGGGCGGCAAGGCCCGCAACACCAUGACGCUGGAGCGGUCGUUCGUCGAGAGCGAGGACCAGGGCCGGUUCAACUGGGCGGAGAACAGCGCGACGCAGGUCAUCGUCGUCAACCAGGACGCCAAGAACCAGUACGGCGAGUACCGCGGCUACCGCGUGCUGCCGUACACGGGGCUGUGCCAUCUGACGGUCAAGGACUCGAGCAACCUGGCUAACGCGGCGCGGUGGGCCGAGUACGACAUCCAGGUCACGAAGCAGAAGGACACGGAGCCGCGGUCGGCGCACGCGUACAACUCGCAGGACGUGCACGACCCGCCCGUCAACUUUGACAAGUUCUUUGACGGGGAGAGCCUCGUGCAAGAAGACCUUGUCAUGUGGCUCAACCUCGGAAUGCAUCAUGUUCCUCACACCGGAGACCUGCCCAACACCGUCUUCACUACGGCCCAUUCCGGCUUCCAGUUCAUGCCGAGCAACUACUUCAGCAUGGACCAGAGCCGGCAGACGGUCAACAUGGUGCGCAUAGAGUACGGAGGGGGCAACGCAUCGACAGUCGAGACGUUUGGACAGAAGGAUGAUACGUGCGCGCUCAACUUCACGCCCGUGGAGCCCGACCUGGUCGGGUACAAAGGCGACGUGGUGAUCCGAAAGUUUCCGUUUGAUCCCAACGACCCGUUCUUCGAGACGGAUUCGAUCUAG